CGUGUAUACACUGAGCUGUUGACAGAGUGCUUCAAUUUGCCCAGUGGUUGCUUGCUUAGUUGCAUUGACCAUUGCAGCCUGCAUUAUUACCUGUGCCCGCAGAAAGCUGCGCGGUGUGUUUUUCCGAUCUGAAGCUCCAUCGAUCAAUGGGAAUUGCUUAUACACAGAUGUUAUGUAGAGUUUUCGUGGACAAUAGUUUACUACGUCGGGCUGGCCUUGGGAUCAGAAAAGUGCAAACUCAAGGAAAAUUAAAUCGGUCGGAAUGUCGGGAAUGAGGGAAAUAGCUGCCUCACAACUUCAGGCGUUUGAGGAACGAACAAAGACUGGCGGGUUUUACAACUAUGUUCUUCUUGAUGGUGUUCAAGAGGCGGAAAAACAAGAAGCAACAUUUUGCAAUGUUGGUGAUCAGCAUUACCACCUUGGGGAGCUUGACAAAGCGUUACAUUGUCACCAAGAACAUCUCAAAACUGUUAAACUGGAAGACAAAGCUGGAAAGGAGAGUAUGUAUGAGAGGCUUGGCAAAGACUUUCUUGAACUCGAAGAUUUUCAAAUGGCCUUAAGAUUCCACUUUAAGCAACAAAGCAUUGCCCUGGAAAUGAAAGACAGGGCUAUGGAGAGUAGAGCUAGUGAAAAUCUUGGCAACACUUAUUACAGAAUGGGUAAUUUUAAAGCAGCCAUUGCAUUUUACAGCACGUUUUUACAAAUUGCAGAAGAAAGAGGGGACAAGGCCGAAAUUGGAAGAGCCGAAAGUUAUCUUAGCAACAGUUGUAGACAUGCCGGUGCUCAUGAAGAUGCCAUUCUACACCACUGCCGUGAUCUAAGUAUUGCCAGAAAUAGAGGAGACAAAGCAGGUGAAGGGGUUGCACACGGCAACCUUGGUAAUAUUUAUUUUAGCCUGGGUCUGUUUGAGAAAGCCAUAGAAUGCCAACAGCUGCAUUUAAAUUUGGCCAAAGAAGUUGGUGACAGUGUGGAGGAAGGAAAAGCAUGGUAUGAAUUAGGUUAUGGCUAUGAAUCGCUGGAUAAAUUUGAUCAAGCCCUGGAUUGUUUCCGGUCCAGUUUAAAGCAGUUUGAGAAAUUAAGAAACCUUAGUCCGUCAAAUGACGAUUGGAAAAUUAAUUUGCAAAACGAAUACAAUCCUGUGAACAUUGCUGUGUGGAGAAUUCUGCUAAAACAAAGGAAGUUUAGCGAAGCUCUUUCUGCUGCCGAGAAAGGACGUGCUCCGGCUUUGAAGGAUCUUUUGAAAUCCAACAAUGGGUCUGGAACAGCUCAGUCUGUGUUAGGUGGAGAGGAAGAUAUAUUUCCUCAUGUGCUAUCGCAUCUUUCAUCAACUACCAUUUUUCUUGCAAUCGACGGAAAAGAAAUUAAUAUCUGGGUUUUGCUCAAAGGCAGCGGUGGCCUGCAUUUUGAAAAAAGCGAACUCGGUGAGAGAAGCCUAGAAGAAGGUGUCGCGUUGUCGUUUGCUUCGUUAACACGCGCUGCCUAUCCUCUUACUGAAGACGAAAUUCGUUUCCUGAACGCUGAAGAGGCUGAACAACGAGCACAGCAAAUGGAGAACGCGUUGGGAAUUUUGUAUGAGGUCGUGAUAAGCCCAGUUGCACAUUUACUUCAAGGAGAGAGAGAAUUAAUCAUAGUCCCAGAUGGCCCAUUGUGUGUAGCUCCUUUUGCUGCAUUUUCAUUUCUGGACCCUAAUUCUAAAAGAAUUAGCUACUUGUGUGAAUGUUUCACAAUCCGAGUCAUUCCUUCGCUGACUAGUUUACAACUGAUUGCUGAUUCCAAAGAGCAUAGCAGUAGAAAAGAUGCACUUCUCGUGGGUAAUCCGUGUUUGAAAGAGAUUGUUUUCAACAAGCCAUGGAACUGGGAGUUGCCAGAUGCUGAAGAGGAAGUAAGGCAUAUUGGGAGAAUUCUCAAUAGUGAACCCCUCAUUGGAGAGGCCGCAACAAAAGAGGAAGUUUUGACGCGCCUCAAGUCAACAUCUUACCCCUUGGUACACAUCGCUGCAAAAGGUGCAGACGGCGAAAUUUUUUUGGCCCCGAACCCUACAAGGAAAUCUCUAGAACCAGAGGAGGAUGACUAUAAGUUGACGAUUGCAGAUGUGAUGAGUAUUCAGGUGCAUGCACAUCUAGUCGUGUUAUCUUGCUGUCAUAGCAUACAAGGAACCAUAAAAUCAGAAGGUGUAGUUGGUUUUGCUCGGGCCUUUCUGGCUAAAGGCGCUCGUUGUGUUUUGGUGUCAUCAUGGGAGAUUAAAGACAAGGCUACUCUGGAACUCAUGAAGAAAUUCUACGAACACUUGGUAGGAGGACAAAAGGCCAGUGUUGCUUUGAAUCAGGCCAUGAAGUAUCUUAAAGAAUCAACGAAGUUUGGUGCCGUCAAAUACUGGGCUGCCUUUCAACUGAUUGGUGACGAUGUCACGUUGGAAAUUGAAGACGAGAAAUGAAAGCUGUACGUGUUUCGACUAACCUCAAAUCUUGACAACUCUUGGGCGAAGCAUCCUUGUACUUCAAGCUGGUUUCAAGAUGAAAACGAUGCGCUUGGCUCAUAUACUCUGGCCACUGUCAUGUUAUCUGUAGCUGACAAGAACAGUCUGGACGAGUCAUACGCGGUACGAGGCUAUCACAAUAAUCGCUCAAAAUUUUAGUGAGACUUUCUAAAGAAACGACGGUGUUAUAAUCCAGUACCUGAACUAUCCCUUCCUCGCCGCGGAGAUUUCAGGGAAUUGACUUAGUAACUGUUGAAUUAUUUAGUUUAGCCGAAAAUAAAUAGAGAGUGGCAUCAACUCCUUUGGUAAAUCCUCGUUGAAGUACCUAAAGAGUCCCCGUUUCUUUUCGCCAAUCAGGACGAGCCUGGGCACUCCGGACGUUUUCACGUGUGCUAAUAUCACACUUCAAUAAAUACCUCUUCCUACAUAGAAUAGCCACUGAUAAAAUAAGUAGGCUCAUGCAGUUAACUUCUUAGGCAAGAUUCCAGCCGAAAAAUAUGCUCUUUCCACCACUACUUGAAUUAUCAUCCAUUUACAGUAUAGAGCAGUUUGCAAUUGAGCGACGUGAAACCAAAACUAAAGUAAUCACUCUAGCGAAUCAGAAAGGACAAAGACAAUACAGUGAACCAAUCAAAACUAGAAGUAAUUACAUGUAGCAGACGCAAAGUGCAGGAAAAUGAUUUUUACUUCUGAUUGGAUGAAAAAGUGGCGCAUGUUUAUUAAGCCAAUCGUGUAGCGUAGUUGAGGCAAAUCCAUUUACUUUUCGACACUCAAAAGAAAACCGCUCAAACCACCCAUCGGUAGGCUUUUCGUGGAUGACGUUUCAGGUGCGAACAAACGUUUCAAUUCGGGCCCUGAACCACAAGCAGAAUUUGAUCUAUUGAGCAAAAGAAAAAGGAGGCACGGAAAAUGAAAGAACAAACCAAACCAAAAAUUCUACAACCCAAAGAAUAAGACAAAGUAACUUAAUAAAUGAAUGAUUCACGGCAUUUCUCGAACAGUUCGCAGUCAGAACUGUCCUACUUGUUCGUGUUUCAGCAGUCAUUUAAUUGCUCCAUUCGCCAUUUAGGCAUGCAGCGAUUUUUUUUUUCUUUAGAAGUUAAUAUGUUUCUUAGGUAGUGGCCUGUAAAUAGAUUCUACAAACUGAUUUCGUAAAAUUGUUAAUAUUAAUCAACCGCUCUAUAAUAAGCAAUUAGAUUAUGAGCUCGAGAUUUCUAUUGCGUGAUAGUUGAGGAGGGCGC